AUGCCACUUGACUACUACUUUGCUUCAGCGAUCGUGAUAUACUACUUUUACACCACAUCGACCUCAUCAAUUUCUUGUUACUGCUUCAGACAAACACUACAGUCCAAGAAGCUGUCUACACACCUUUUACCCCCUUCAGCCACCCAAUAUCCUUUCAUUACCAAUCAACUACUCCAAUCAACCACUAUGACAAACUCGGAGGAUGAGGAAUAUCAACGGCUUGUGAGAUGGAAAUUUGAGCAAGACAAGAAACGAAAGGGAGAUGAGAGCUGGAAGAUCGCAAGAUGGCAGGCAUAUUGGGAGGAUGUCCGCAAAGGAACCGUGAAACACUAUGCAUGCCUUGUCCUCAUAACUAAGUCAGGCCCAAUUACAUCGCCAGAAAAGUUACAGGAGAUUGCUGGUCGUCCAUCACUACCGGAAGUUUAUACAACUGUGAAGCUGAAAGCUUUUGUUGAAGAGCCGCCAGCGGAGCCCAAGGAGGAAGAUCAAGUCCAGUACUGUACUCUUGGAAACUUGCAGGCUGUAAAAGCCGCGACUUAUGGUGUAACCCAGCUGGUAUGGUUUCGAGAUGGUCCAGCAGGUGCGUGGCUAGCAUACUCUUUGAAGUCGGACAACCGACAGUGGGAAGAUUUUCGCGAAGCAUGCCGCACAGGAGCCAUUCUAUACACUUAUGGCACCUAUUCCAUUAUCAUAUCUAACGCAGGGCCCUUCACAUCCCCAGAAAAGUUACAGGAGAUUCUCGGACUUUCAACACCACCAGAAUUGAAGGAAGCCACGCGGGCGGAGCUCACUGAUGACAUACACCCUAAGCUAAAAGAGGGGGAUAUAGUGCAGUAUUGCGAUGUUGACCUUCGCUACCUGGACAAGGUAGAGGAAGUCUCUGAAGGAGAAGAUAUCCUCAUUUGGGCUGAUCUAAAGCAAAGGUGUGGCUGGCUUGCCCACUCUGUGAAAUCGAGGGCUGGAGGUGAAGAUGUCGAAGCUAGCAAUGGCAAAGAGAAUGCUGGAUGA